AGUACUUAACCAUUCAUUCGCCUGACAAGGGAAAUUUCCCUAGGAGUUAUUUCAAUUCAUCGAUAUUUUUAUAAGAAAGGUUAAGAAAGCAAAGAGUAAGUCAUUUUCAUUUAGCUGUGGAUGGUCGUAGAUGUAUUUCUGGUCUCUUAUCCAAGUCAAGAGAAGGACUCUAAAACUAUCUUUACUCUAACGAGUUGCAUAACAAAAUUUGUUGUCACGCGAUUUUUCACAUCACAAAGGAACAACACUCCUAUUUAGGAUUGCUUAAACUGGGACUGAAGGCAUAUCAUUUGAUCUGGCAUCUUUUGAGGUAAUUAACUGAUACUAAAAUUCGCUUCCAUCCACUUCACAUUCAUUGCUUGUGACUCUUGACGUUCGCCGAUUGUCAGACUGGAUCGAUCACAUGUUUAAAUAUUCCGAAUGAAGAGCGCGCAGUACCGACGUUUUAGUCGGCAAUAUGUUUGACUCUACAGUGGAACCCCGCUCUACGAACACCCGCUUAAUACGGACACCCGCUUUAUACGGACAGUUUCGUUUGUCCCGACAAAAAGCUCAUAUAUUUUCUCUAAAAUUAACCCGCUUUAUACGGACACCGGUUAAUACGGACAACGGACACUUUUCUUUGUCCCGAGUCACAAACUCUCACAGAUUGUCAACCCCGCUUUACGGACACUGGUUAUCUGCACACUGUCUAUUUUCAUUGUCACAAUGAUGUGAUAAUUGUAGACAUUGUACCCUGUUCAAAUAAUGACAGAUUUUUAAGGGUGAAUAAAAUUUUUUUUACAGUACUAAAAAAAUCAGUAACAAAGUAGCGUGGCAUAUUUGAUUUUGAACAGUCUGUCUUUAUUCCGGUGUUUGACUCUUAUACUACGUAUAGUCCUUCAAUAUAAAGUUUUCUUCCUCCUGUUACACAAGUUUCACUUCCUUGGCUUUUUGUUGCAGUCAUUGCUCUUAAAGUAAAGUCACAGACUUUUUCAAAUGAAUCCACUGUCGUGCCUGUUUCAAUAACAAUACUACAAUACUUAAGAGAUUUUACUCUGAGACUAUGAUGAAUGAUCGUGAGGUUUCUUUAGGAUGAACUUGUUACUGUUACAGUUAAGAAAUUAACGUUUUAUCGUAAAACUGUCUGCUUUGGUCUUUAUAUCGAUAAAACAUGUGUUCCUGACGUUUUCUCUGAGAGCCCGCUUAAUACAGACACCCGGAUAAUAUGGACACUAUGGCAUGUCCCCUUGGUGUCCGUAUUAACCGGGUUUCUCUGUAAAUCUUAAAAGUUGUUUCGACUUUAUACAUCUAAGAGCAAAAUAACGUUUAAUAAAUAAAGUUUAUGUUGUCUGGAUAAAUUUAUUGACAGGUACAUGUAAAUCGAGUCGUCAAAAAUGGCUUGCGCGCAAGAUCCACCGGAAGUCAACAUGGCCCUGCUCAAGACAAAGGACCUAAAGGGCAAGAGCAUAAGUUGGGAGAAUAUAGAGCUCCCGAUAGACUUUCUGCUGCUGACAGUGAAAGAAUGCGAGUUUUUAAGUAGCCUUUCAUUCCUGAAUCGUGGAUUUACCAAGAGUUAUCACAAAAGAGUAGGAUAUGUGUACUUUGGGUAUAUUGGUGAAUAUGAAGCCAAGAAACUAAAAAUUGCCUUGAUAAAAUGCAAUUCGGGCUCUGCCGGUCCUGGAGGCUCCAGUGUUGUUGUUAAAAAUGUCGUCGGUGCCUUAAGGCCUAAAGCUGUUAUCAGCGUGGGGUACUGUGCAAGUUUGAACCACCAAAAUGCCAAACUAGGAGAUGUUGUAGUUUCAGCAAAUCUAACAACAUACGCAGCUGCAAAAAUCCAAGAGAAUGGUGAUAUUGAGGAGCUUGGUCACAGUGUGCCCCCAAAAAAGCAUCUUUCGGACCUUAUAAAAAGUGUUGAUGAAGGCUGGGAAGCACCUCUAAAAAAUCCAGGUGAAUUAGACGUGAAGGUAGACCGCGAUGGGGUAUUUCUGAGUGGGCCUGAAGAAGUCCAAAGCAAGAGGCGAUGCUCCCAACUCAGAAAGCGGUUCCCAAAUGCUGUUGCAAUAGAAAUGGAAGGAGAAGGUAAUAGCUAGUAAUCAGCAGUUGUUUCUUGACCUCUGGCUUUACAAAAACGUUUCGUAAAGGAUGCCCUUUCUGAAGAGCCUAACGUGGUUUUCUUUUUAUGGCACUUGCUGUAUUUUUAGGGCUUUACGCAGCUGCAUACGAUCUAGACAUUGAGUGGAUUAUUAUAAAGGGUAUCUCUGAAUACGCGCACAGUAGCAGUCCUCCAGCGGAUUCUUGGAGACAAUUUGCCAGUGUUAUGGCGGCUUCAGUGACUGCUCACAUGCUUAAAGAUCCCAUUGUAUUCCAAAAGUGGCGUCAUUAUGGAGGUGAGGCUUGA